AUGUCAUUCUACGACAAGUCUAGUUCUGUAGGCUAUGAUGAGCGAGAUAAGGAGGUGAAUGAAGAAUUGGAGGCUAUGCUGGCGCGUACUCCACCUCACAUUCAGAGGCAUCUUCAACAACGUAUUCACGACGGCAUACUACAACGCAUGAAAGAGGAAACAACAAGGAAGUGUUGGGAUUUUUUAAAAAAGUAUGAAACAUGCAUGAAUUCAGUUAAACCUUAUAAGAUAAAGGAUUGUAUUCCUCACCGGGAUGCUUUAAAUGAUUGCGCUCACGAGAUUAAUCGUGAGGAUAACUAUCAGAAGUAUCGUGUCUUAUAUCUGCAUGGUGAACUCCUUAAACUUCAUGAGCACCGUCUAGGUGAGAGGAUGGAGGCAUUUAAGGUCCGUGUUCCUGAUUCAAUUAGAGCUUGGAAGCCAGAUUAUGCUCCAAAGUACGCUGACAUGAUGUCGGACGUGGGUGUAAAGCCUUCUGUGGAGAUAGAGAAGGAUGUAGAAGAUGUUUGA